GCUGACGGCGUUCGGCAUGGAGAGGUCAGACAGGUUCGUCGAGCAAGGGCGGGGCCUCGCCGUCGUGGUCUCCCGGCUGGAGGAGCUGGGCUUCCCUGGAGUGUCCCGGCGGGCUCUGCGUCGGUGCGCUAACCUCCGUCAGGUGCGUGAGGUGGCCGCGAAGGCGCGCGUGCGUCCAUGGGAUUUGCCGGAGCCCCUUCGGGAGGUCGUGUGCGGCGACCAGGCACACGCCCUCAGCACAGCCUGCCCCUGCGACAGCUUCGAGCGACUGUGGAGCGACGUGACGCGGGAGAGGGAACCGAUAAGGAGAGCCCACAGAUUCCUAGAACGCCAGGUGUGUCCGAUGAUCCUGGAGCGCCUGGCGGCCGCCAUGGGCGUGCCUCAAUACGUGGCCAGGGACCUGCGCACGCCCACGCCCAUCCUUUGCCGAAGGGUGCUGAGGCACCCUGCAAGCACCGGCACCUCCGUGGAAGCCCUGCGGCAGCACCUCCGUCGAAUAGACCUGUCCUUCUCGGAGCGGCUUGACAGGUACCUGGCCGGCCCUGACAUCGAUGACGUGUUGGUGUCCGCGGCGGUGCGAGGCCACCCGCACUGCUGGCGCACCGUCGGGGAGGCCCUGUGCGUCGACCGGACGACCCUGCUCAGCCUCUCUCGGGACGAGCGCUACGACGACUCCGGUCGCAUGUGCAGGAUCUUGCAGCUGGCGGUGGAGGCGGGCUGGCUACAGAACGACCAGGAUCUGGCCACCGUGCUGAGGAGGUUCAUUGAUUCACACCUUGUCCCUGCGCCGCCCGGCCGGAGACUCUGACGCCGAGGGCCGCCCGUGCCGCCCUUGCGCCCGGAGGCCUGCCCUCGUUGUCGGCUCCUCAGCGGCACAGGGUCGGCUGGAAUUCCCGUUUCCUUCCUUCGUGAGUGCAGAUGCCCACGGGAGAGCUCUUCAACGCCCUUGUCACCCGCGGCCGGAGAAGACGCGGUCAGGUCAAUGGCCAGAGUGAUCCUGCGGCCUCGUGCGAAGACCUGGAUGCUUUCCCUCGGGCCGGUUGGCCCAAACUAAUCAGAUUGCCUGCAACAGCGCCACUUCGUGUGCGGAUUCAGGUCUGAAAAGAAAAAAUCUAGAUAGCUGCAAGAAAUGAAAGUCAAUAUUUUUUUUAAAGGAGCUUGUACAUGCGUU